AUGGCUGCAGAGAACCCCGUGGAAAGUCUCCAGGAUGAAGCUACUUGUCCCAUCUGUCUGGAGUAUUUCAGAGAACCUGUCACUCUGUAGUGUGGACACAAUUUCUGCGGAGCCUGCAUCACCCAGUGCUGGGAGGGAUCCGAUACAAACGCCUCUUGCCCCCAGUGCAGAGAAACUGUGCAACAGAGAAACCUCAGGCCAAACAGGCAGCUGGCAAACGUCCUAGAAAUAGCCAAACAGCUGAGUUUACAGGCAGCCAAAGGAGCAGAAAGGGAGAGGCUUCGUGGGGAACACCAGGAGGCUCUGAAACUGUUCUGUGAAGAGGAUCAAAUGUCUGUCUGUGUGGUUUGCUAUCUGUCCCGAGCUCACAGAGCUCACACGGUGGUUCCUGUAGAGGAAGCUGCCCAGGAACACAAGGAAAAAAUCCAGGCCCAUUUGAAGACUCUGAGGGAAGAGAGAGAAAAGCUGUUGGGAUUUAAAGUGACUGGAGAGGGGAAAAGCCGUGAGUACCUGAAACAAACACAAACUGAGAGGCAGAAGAUUGUGUCUGAAUUUCAGGAACUGUGGCAGUUCCUGGAGGAACAAGAGCAACUCCUGCUGGCCCAGCUGGGAAAGCUGGACAAGGAGAUUGUGAAGAUACAAAAUGAAAAUGUCAGUAAACUAUCCGAGCAAAUUUCCCAUCUCAGUGAGCUCAUCGGUGACAUAGAAGGGAAGUAUCAGGAGCCAGUGAGUGAAUUCCUGCAGGACAUCAGAAGCAUCUUGAGCAGGUGUGAGAAGGGGAAGUUCCAGCAGCCAGUGGAGAUUUUUCCUGAAGUGGAAAAGAGACUCGGCAAUGUCUCCAAGAGAACUAUUGCUCUAAUGGAGACUCUGAGGAAAUUCAAAGACACUCUGUCGUCUGAACUGGAGACAAAAAGAGGGGGAUCCCUAGGUGAGGUUGCAGUGAAUGUGACUCUGGAUCCAGACACAGGUCAUCCUGAACUUGUCCUGUCUGAGGAUCGGAAAAGUGUGAGAUGGGGACACACACGGCAGGAUCUGCCCAACAAUCCUGAGAGAUUUGACACUGAGCAUCGUGUGCUGGGGUGUGAGGGAUUCACCUCGGGGAGACAUUGCUGGGAGGUGGAGGUGGGGGAUGGGCAAUACUGGGCUGUGGGGGUGGCCAGAGAGUCUGUGAGGAGGAAGGGAUGGAUCAACCAAAGCCCUGAGGGGGGGAUCUGGGCUGUGUGGAGGUGGCAGAGUCAGUUCCAGACUCUCACCUCCCCUGAUAUCCGCCUGCCCCUGAAUCGGGUCCUCAGCAGGAUCCGGGUUUGUCUGGACUGUGAUCAGGGGCAGGUGACAUUUUUCGAUGUUGGUAACGAGGCCCCGAUCUUCACUUUCCUGCCGGCCUCUGUCACUGAGGAGAGAAUCCGCCCCUGGCUCCGGGUGGGGCGGGGAUCCCAGCUCAGAAUGUGUCCCUGA